UCGAUUUAAACACAUACCUGUUCGCCUCCGGUGCCGUCGCCUCGACCACCGUACGUCACCCGGAUUCGCCGCGGGUCUGCCGUCGCCGGAUUUCUUCUUCCCUCCUUGGAUUGGUGGCUGUCGGUGGUGGGUUGUGGAUGUGUUUACUUUUUUUUCUUGAUUUUCAUAUUUUUUUAUUUUUUGAUUUUCAGAUUUUUUAAUUUUAGACAGAGAAAAUGAAAGUGAAGUAGCGUAAAAUGUGUUGUGAAUAUCGUGAGUGAGUAUUGAGAGUAUUUAUAUACGAGGAGUAAAUACGAAAUUUCAAGCAAAAAAUGCAAAUGACGCCUAGUAAAUGGGAGCGACAUUUAAGACCAAUUCAUAAUUCAUAGUCAAAGGCCCAAAGCCUUUCAAAAAUCUCAGCUACACAAUUUAUCCCGCUCAAAUUCAAAAAACCAUUUCAUUUUUCACUGUUUGUUGAAGAGAGAGAAACAAAGAGGGAAGACAAAAAGGGCACCUCAAAGAAGCUCAACAAUGGCGGAAAUUAAGCAAGAUCAACAAUUACCUCGAAAAAUUGCUGGAAUUCUUGACGAAAGCAAAGCUUCAUACGCAACUCACAAUCGAAAACUCAAGGAACUCUCGAAUCUCAGAUCUUCAUUACCUACAAAUCUCUUCUUCUCUUCCUACCGUAAAGCUCUAUUACCAGUUUUCAAUUUCCAGCGACGAACUGCCUCUGCUGAGCGCAUCAUCCGCUUCAUUUCCACCUUCGCCUGUUUCACCGACUCCAAAAAUUCCGCCAUUGAUGAUCAAUUCUUCGAAGCUUUUAUGCGGUUUCUUCUUUCUGCUGUCACUUCCGCUAAUAAAACUGCUAGGUUUCGUUCAUGUCAAAUUAUUUCUGAGAUCAUAAUGCGGUUGCCAGAUGAUGCAGAAGUGAGCAGUGAGCUCUGGGAUGAGGUGAUAGAGAGCAUGACUACACGGGUGGGGGAUAAAAUUCCUGUAGUACGUACAUUUGCAGUUAGAGCUCUAUCACGUUUUGUGAAUGAUUCUGAGAACAGUGAAAUACUUAAUUUAUUCAUUAAAACCCUGGAUUCAGAACAAAACGCGGAUGUAAGAAAGACCAUUCUGCUAUCACUCCCCCCCACUAAUGCAACAUCAUCAGUGAUCAUUAGUUGUACUCUUGAUGUCAGCGAGUCAGUUCGCAAAGCAGCAUAUUUUGUCUUGGCCAAUAAAUUUCCCCUCCAGAGUCUCAGCAUCAAGCUCCGGGCUUUAAUCCUUCAGAGAGGACUAUCUGAUCGUGCACCAGCAGUUGUGAAAGAAUGUCUGAAGUUAAUGAAAGAUGAAUGGUUAAGCAAAAACUGCAACAAUAAUCCUAUUGAACUUCUUAAGUACCUUGAUGUAGAAACAUACGAGAGCAUUGGUGUUUCUGUUAUGAGGGCUCUCUUAGAUGCUGGGAUGGGUAAGCCUGAUGGAAAUCAGAAGAUACAGCAGUUCAAGGAAUCAUCCUGUGAUGAAGCUAGAGAUUCAGAUAAUGGCAGCCAAGGCCAUGAACUACUGGAACCAGAGGUUGCCCUCUAUUGGAGGGUUGUGUGUCAGCACCUACAUAAAGAGGCACAGGUGAAAGGUUCUGAUGCUGCUGCAACUAUGGGCACUGAAGCUGCAGUCUAUGCAGCAGAAGCUUCUGACAGCAGUGAGCUCCUGGAGAAAGUACUCCCCGCAACAGUUUCUGAUUAUGUGGAAUUUGUCCAAGCACAUAUUAAAGCGGGAGCAAAUUAUCGGUUUGCAUCACGGCAACUGCUGUUGCUUGGUUCUUUGCUUGACUUCUCUGAUGCUACAAUCAGGAGGAUUGCCAGCACAUUUGUACAGGACUUGCUGCAUAAGCCACUUGAAUAUGAAAUAGAUUGCAGUGAAAACAAGAUUUUGAUAGGAGAUGGCAUCAAUAUUGGAGGCGAAAGGGACUGGGCCAAUGCUGUAGCAGGGUUGGCAAAGAAAGUUCAUGCUGCUGAUGGAGAGUUUGAAGAAGUUAUUCUUAACGUUGUGGAAGAACUUGCUAGGCCAUGCAGGGAAAGAAGUGCCGACUUCAUGGAGUGGUUGCAUUGCCUUGCUGUUAUUGGUCUUCUCUUGGAAAAUACAAAAUCAUUACACUUGCUACAAAGGAAGGCUAUUGAACCUAUUGAAUUACUAAACGCCUUGCUGCUUCCAGGGGCCAAGCAUCUUAAUUUGGAUGUGCAAAGGGUUUCUGUCAGAUGUCUUGGUCUUUAUGGAUUAUUGGAAAAAAGGCCAAGUGAAGAAGUGGUGAAACAACUAGGAUUUUCGUUUGUCAAGGGCCCCUCUCCAAUCAGUCUUCUAGCUGGCAAGGGAUUAUUAGACCUUGUAAUGUGGCAUGGCCCUCAAGAUGUUGAUAGAGCUAUAGGUGAAGAUUUACUCUCACAAAUCCCUGAUAACAAGCUGCAUCUUGCUCCUGAAAUAUGUGAUAAAGUUGAUUGCAACAAUGAUGGAGUACUUUUUCUUUUAUACAUUGGAUUAGAAAGUAAUUUUGAUGACCAAGUAUUGGAUGUGGGGGACAACGAAUCAGUCCAAGCUACUCUAGGGGAAGGUUUUGCAAAGAUUCUUCUUUUGAGUGAGAAUUAUCCUAGCAUUCCUGGUUCCCUGCAUUCCUUAAUAUUGGCCAAGUUAAUUGCUUUCUAUUUCAGUGAGGAAAACAGUGAAGUACAGAGGUUAAAACAAUGUCUAUCGGUGUUUUUUGAGCAUUACCCUUCACUGUCAGUUAAUCAUAAGAAGCAUCUAUCCAAGGCCUUUGUUCCAGUAAUGCGUGCAAUGUGGCCUGGAAUUGACAGGAAUCAUGGGGGAUCAGUGGUCAUGAUAUCUAACUUGCGUAAACGUGCAGUCCAAGCAUCACGUUUUAUGCUACAGAUGAUGCAGUCAACAUUGUACAAAAAGGAGACCGAUAAUCAUGUAGAUAACCCUGAGGAUAAUCCAGGUUCUGUAGUUGACACUGAUGGAUUUGUGGCUGGAGAGGAGGGUCUUGCUAUACGCAUUGCCGUUGAGGUGACUGGCUUUCAGACAAAAAAAACAGCAGCAGAAAAAGCUUAUGUUGCAGCAUUAUGCAAGAUCAUAAUAUCACUCCAUUUCCGAGUGUCAGAACAAGGAAUAAUCAAGUUGAUGCGACUCCUGCUAAAUCGUGUUGUUGGAUCUGUCUCAUAUGAUAAGGAGCUCGUUAAAGAGCUGACUAGCAUGGCUAAACAAUUGAAGGCAUUGGAUGGUAGUCCAGACGAAGACCUGUCAAGAGAUAAAGCUGAAGUCAUUCUAGGAUCAUUGGAUCUGGAGUAUAAUCUUGAUGAAGAUCAUACAAGUGAAAUGCCAGCAACUCCAGCUCAGCGUUCCACGCGACCAACCCGUUCAAGAAGGCGUGUACAGCGUGAAGAAAGCAGCUCCUCUGACGAGGAACUUUCACCGACGACGUCUAUUGUUAACUCAACUGUUCGGUCAGGUGCGCGUUCCCAAAGGGCCUGCAAAACAGCAGCAUUGACAAAGAUGACUACUAGUAGGGCUUAUGAUGGUAUCGAAGAGGAAGAAGAGUCAGAUUUAACUUCUGAUGAGGAGGCCAACAGUUCAGACUCAUCACCUCAGUGAGUUGAUGCUUUCAGAGACCUCUACAUUUGUAAUAUAAUUUAACCUUUUUUUUGGGAUAAGUGUAAUUUGUCAGAAAAUGUGCAGAUAAAACUCUGAUGACAUUAAAUGGAGAUGUUUUAUUGAUGUUGGGUCUUGUUAGCUUACAGCUAACUAAUCAACUGUAUUGCCCAUGUCUUUUAGAGCCUGUAAUUGCUUAUUACUGACGCUUUCUUUGUGU